CCCUUCGAGGUUUGGUGGCCAAAAUGGACUUGUUUCCAGAUGCAGUGGUACUAGUCAAUGACAGGGUUGAUGAUCUUGGUCUCAGCAAUAAGGAGGAGCCGAUAGGGAGAUCAUUGUCUGAUUCCGUACAGAGCAAAGACAAGCAGAGAAAACAAAAGGAGGUAACUGAGUUUAUCGGGAUGUCUGAUUAUUAUCCUCUCCAGAGCAUAGCAGGCAAUAGGCUGCAGACUACUAGGAGUAUUUCGGAGGAGUUGUUCGUCUGGAAUAUUACCCGGCCCAUGAAGCAAACUACACCAAAUACAUGCGUGUUGGUGGCAGCAACGAUGUGCGUGGUCUGCACCGUCGCGCGUGCGAGGCCCGACACGGGCCGGGUACGUUCCCCUUGAAGGCUGCGUGGCCCAGGGAGCUCAUGCGGGAAUGCUUCUAUGGUAAUGUGUAGCGAAAAUAGUCUUUCAUGUCAUAUUUCAAUAUAUUGUUUUAGUGAUUGAUGACACACACAACACUUGGACUAAUAUGAUUGUUAAGAUGAUCAUUCUCAGGUUUUUAGGUUCAAGUGAUGACAAAGAGAAGAUAGGCAAAGUUAGACCCGAAGGGCCGCCCCUAGCGGGUCUCAGAGCAGCGCCCUGAAAGCUCUUCGGUCGGUAGCACCGGAAGACGUAAAAAAAAAGUACCGAUAUAUGCAGAAGAAGACCGACCUCUGAACGAAGAAGAGGCCUGUAUCUUUGGUUUGGUUUGCGCACCUCUUUUCCCCCCAUUUUCGAGCUUGGUUUGGUGUCCUCGUCCUUGAUUUGCAUGUUCCAAGUAUUGAAUGAACUAUCCUUAUUAACUUGCAUGGUCUGUUGACGUGUGGUGUGAACAACACAAUACUAAAUUACCAAUGCCGGGAUAUAAUAUAUAGGCUGCUUGCAUGGAGUUUUUUAUAUAAGAGGAAAGUCCAUUUUUCAACUUUGAACUAUCACGAUCGUCCAAUUUUGGCCCUUAAACUACAAAACCGGACAUCCUACACCUUCAACUGUUGAAACCGCUCGAAAAACAACCCUGGAUUUUACACCUCUUUCAAUUAAAUAAUAUAGAAAGUAUAGUUUAUACUAUCUAAAAAUCGUGAUAUCUUGCUAGGAGGUACCAAAAGAGACAAGGGACCUACUUUGGCUAGA